CAGCCCCAAGAGCCCCCCCCGGAGCCCCCCCAAGAGCCCCCCCGCAGUCCAGGGAGCCACAGAGCUGUAAUCAGCCCGGACCACACCUGUCCUCCAGCUCCGCCCCCCCCCUCAGGACCCCGCCCCUGUGUGAUGGAGGCGGAGCUUCGACCUGCGUCUGACAGGAUGGAGCUGUCGACCAAUCAGAGCGCAGCGUUCCAGGACAGAGACAAAAACAUCUCGAUUUUACUGAAGGAGCUCGACUCCCUGAGAGACCUGAACACGAAGCUCCAGGAGCAGUUGGUGCAGAAGGAGAAACAGCUUCAGAGAAAAGACCUGAACCAACAACUGAGACAGAACCAGAACGACUCAGAAAUAUGGAACAGAACCACAGAGCUCGUGGAACAGCUGAUGGCGGCUCAAAAAGAGCGGGAACAGGCGAUGAUGUCACGGCUGCUUUUGGCCAAUGAGGAGCGAGAUCAGGCUCUGCUCACAGCACAGAGACUGACGCAGGCUGCAGCCAAUCAGUUUUCUUUGGAUCCAGACUCUGUGGAGGACUGUGAUCUGGACGUGCUGGAGCUGCUGGAGCAGGUGUGCACCGCAGACUCCGGCCAACAGGUGGAACAGUUUGGUCAGAUCCUGGUGCAGCGUGUACGGUCGGCACGGCAACGCAGGAGUAACAUCACCGCACAGGAAAUGAGCGCCGUGAUGGAGGAGCGCGACGCCCACGCCGCCAAAGUGAAGCGUUUGGAGGAGGAGCAACUCCGAGAGAUUCAACUCCUUCAGGCGGAGCUUGUUGCACUGCAGAGAGAGAGAGACACCGCUGUGGGCGAGCGACAGCGUCUGGAGGCGGAGCUUCAGGAGCUCAGAGCCAAUCACAGCCCCUCAGAAGCCCCGCCCCCCGCUGACGAGGCCGCCGCGGCGCUCCCUGAUGAUGUCACCGCCCUUAAGCAGCAGCUGGUGAUGAUGUCACAGCAGAAGAAGAGCGCGGAGGCGGAGCUUGUCCAAGCCAAUGAGAGAGCACGGAGGCUUGAGCGUCUGGUGGAGGUUCUGAGGAAGAAGGUGGGGACAGGAAGUGUUCGCGCCAUCGUCUGACACAAGCCCCGCCCCCUUCAGCCGCCUGACGAAUGGACCAAUGAGGAUGUGGCGUGUGAUCGUUAUCUGUGUUUUGUUUAAUUAAAUUAAAUUUAAUUGUUUUGUUGAUUUUGGAAGAAGACAAAGUUUUAAUGAAGAAAUAUUUGAAUAAACUUGAAAUAA